AUGCGGAUGGUUGGUUUAAAUCAUUUAAAGCUACGAAGCUUAAGCAACUCGAGAUCUUGGGAAAAGAAAACUACUAUGCCGUGGUGGAGAUGGAGAGGCUACGCCUUGGCGAACCUAUUCUAUCUGGCUUGUGCGCAAUUCGACGAAUUGCUCGAUAUGAAUGAAGCAAAAACCUUUUUGUCGACCGCGGCAUUCGAUACAUGGUACUCUGAUCUAAAGGAUCUUGUCGAACCCGAAAGCAAGCUUUACCGGCCGGACUUUGACGGAAAGCAGGACUUGGAUGAUAAGCAGGUCUUAAUUGACAAGCAGGUCUUGGAUGACAGGCAGAUCUUGGUUGAGAAUCUAGCUUCGUCUAUCAACAAAGUCGUGAGUGACCUUAAGAUGUUGGCUGCCAAGCAGGUCAUGAUUGAGAAGAUAGUGGUCGAUAUCAAUAAGUUUAUUGAUGACGAGGUCUUGUCUAACAAGCAAGGCUUGGUCCAGAUGUUACGCGAUACUAUCAAGGAUACCUUGGAUACAAAGCAAGUCUUUGAUGACAAGCAAAUCUUUGAUGACCAAAGAGGCUUGAUUGAGCAGCUCGUUUCGUCUAUUAAGACGGUUUUGGAUGUCGAUCGCUUUUUUGACAACAAGCAACUUUUGGUUCAGCAGCUAAUCUUGGCUAUCAAGAAGGUCUUGGCUGACAAGCAGGUCUUGGCUGGCAGUCAGGUCUUUACUGACAAGCAGGCCUUGAGUGACGAGCAGGGUUUAGUUCACAAGCUAAUCUCAACCUUCAAGCAAGUCCUUGCCGAUAAAAAGGUCUUGAAUGACGAGCAGGUGUUGGCUGAGAGGCAUGCCUUAGUUAAGGAGCUACUCCUGGGUGUCAAAGAGGGUAUGACUGCAAAGAAGGUUUCGGAUGACACGCAUGUUUAUACUGACAAGCUUGUCUUCGCGUCUAUGGGGACUAUUCUUCCGUUGUCAAAUGGAGAGAGCAGAAUUCCUGAAGUCAUAGCGUUUGCUGUUCAAUCCGAAGAAAUGCAUGCUCUGGGUUCCAGGCUUGAAGACAUUUACCUCGAUCGAUUAAUCCAAGUCAGUGAGGCCGAUAAAAUCUGGGAAGAGAUGGGAUUGAUAAAUUAUAUCAAGUCUCUUGGCACGGGUGACUAUGCAAAUAUCGCAAUUACAAAACUGUUGAUCAAGCUUAACGAAAAGGGUGGCACUUCUCUUGUGGACGAUUCGCCAAUGCUCCCGUGUAUAUCCACAACGUAUACUCACCAGUAG